AUGCGUUUUAUUGUUGCAGCUGUAUUCGGAUAUAUGGUUAUCAUGGCCUCUGCUAGGCCCCUCCCCUCUGCUUUGAAUAGCGAGGAACUUUGGGAACGAGAUAGCUCGACUUGUGAUGGCGCAGCCAUGAAAACUUGUGCCAUUGAUUUGGUUCCCACUGUGGCGGCUUGUGCUCUUGCUGCAGCUCAGGGAGAACUCGACGUAAUCAACGAUGCAGCCUGUAUUGGUGCAGCAAUACAACUUGGGGCGGACUUUCCAUCUUCUUGCACGGCCUGUGUAGAGAAAUUUGGGAAGGGAGCGGAAUCUGAGGCCGAGAAGAUAGUCUCGAAGCUUUCACACAUUCACUUGUGA